UUUCUCUAUCAAGACUCCUACUUAACGUCUCUCGUGCUUUAUUGAUGUUUCUAACUCGCUCAGAGUAUGAUAGGGGAGUUAACACUUUUUCCCCAGAAGGACGUCUUUUUCAAGUGGAAUAUGCAAUUGAAGCAAUAAAAUUAGGUACUACCGCAAUUGGUAUCAAGACCACAGAGGGUGUUUUAUUGUGCGUUGAAAAAAGAGUAACUUCACCUUUGAUGGAAGUUAGUAGCGUGGAAAAACUUGUAGAGUUAGAUUCUCACUUAGGCUGUGCAAUGAGUGGUCUGACGGCUGAUGCCAGAACUAUCGUAGACCAUGCCCGAGUAGAAGCUCAGAAUCACUGGUUCACCUACAACGAGAGGAUGAAAGUCGAAAGUGUGACUCAAGCUGUUUGCGAUCUUGCUUUACGCUUCGGGGAAGGUUCAGCGCGAGAGGAGAAAGUCAUGAGUAGACCGUUUGGUGUUUCUUUGCUAAUUGCCGGUUUCGACGAAAAUGGAUAUCAAUUGUUUCAUACAGAUCCUACGGGCACUUAUUUUGAAUACGAAGCAAAGGCUAUAGGAUCCGGGUCGGAAGGCGCUCAGAAUAAACUGCAAGAACAGUACAGCAAAUCGAUGACUUUGAAGGAGGCCGAAGUACUCGGCCUGGAGAUUCUCAAGCAAGUCAUGAAAGAAACAAUUUCAGAUACGAAUGUGGAGGUCGCUGUGGUCACCGCCGAGGACGGCUUUAAAGUUUAUUCGGUGGAUAAUGUAAAGGAGAUCUUAAAUGCCUUGAGUACUGCAGCUUAGCCCGGAAAAGACUACUAAUAAAUAAAAAGUAAUGUCCAUUUUAA